AUGCGACGUCGCAACUAUGCCUCUAAAAUCACUCAUUGUGACAACCAAGAUUUGUCCCUCCGAGGCACGGCGGAUAGUAGCCUCACGCGGCCACGAAGCUCCUCCAAUCCGGCAGUCAGAAACGCGCCGAACAUACCGCGAAAUGCUGCGCCAAGUCCGACCGCCGCGGCGGAGCUUCCGCCGCCCUCAUUCCACGUGGACGUGGCGAUCGCGGGCGGCGGGCUCGCGGGGCUCGCGCUGGCCGCCGGCCUGCAGUCGCGCGGCGUCGAGGCGGCCGUUUUCGAGGCAGCGCCCGCGCUGCGAUCGAGCAACAGCACCGUCCUCGUCAUCUGGCCGAACGGCGCCGCCGCUCUCGACGGAAUCCUGCCCGGGUUGAGCGCUUCCGUGGCGCGACACGGCACGCUGGUGAACCGGCGGAGGCUCUACAACCGGCGCAGGCCGCCGCAGCCGCCGCAGCCGCCGCCGCCACUGCCGUCGCCGUCAGGCGGAGCGGAAAGCGGGCCGGGGGAAAGUGGGUGCGCGGAAAGCGGCGGAAGUGGCGGCAGUGGCGCAAGGGCAGGUGGCGGAAGUGCGUUUGGGAGAGACGGAGCAGCACAAAGUUCUGAUUGGUUGGUGGCGGAGACGGAAGUAGCGGGGCUGAACAUGGUUCCCUGGUGGUGCAUCCAAGAGGCACUCGCAUCGGCACUCCCUAGGCCUGAUUUGGUGCGAUGUGGGCAUCGCGUGGUGGGGUACCGCCCUGUGUUUAAGCGCAGGGGUGGCGGGGAGGCGGAAGCGGGGGCGGCGGGGGGAGCAGGGGAAGCGAAGGGAGCGGGAAGAGUGAGGGAAGUGGGGGGGGUGAGGGGAGCGGGGGAGGGGAGUGAAGAAGGGGGAGAAAGUGAAGUGGAGGCGGUGGAUGUGAUCUGUGAGGUUGUGGGUUCGAAUCCUGGCGAGAAGCAAAUUGUGGUUGUGAGGGCGAAGAUGCUGGUGGGAGCUGACGGGGUGAGAUCAGCUGUGAGGGAUCAGAUGAUCGGCGACUCGCCGCGUUUUCUCAAUCAGAUCGCUUGGAAUUCGUUCCUGAGCACUCCAGUUCAUGUCAGCAGUCCCGCUGACGUCAGCAGCUCAGGAGAAUCAAGAGAGGCUGCUGUUCCUGAAUUGACGGCCCUGAUUGACGAGGUGACGGGAUGCAGUGCGAUCUUCAUCACUUUGAAGAACGGCGAGAGAAUCUGGCAGGUAUUGGCUGGUAUGGUCCUGGGAGGCACCCCCUUUGCAGGCUUCGGCAGCAAGCACAACAUUAAAGCCCGCCUGCUCCCUCUCAUCCAGGCCAACCUCCCCCACCACCCGCUCUGGGAACGAGCCUUCCAAGAAGCUUCCUCCACCCCGGAGAAUCUAAUAUUCGAACGUCGCCAGCUGGAUCGUCCGCCGCCCGCUGAUUCCUGGAGCGACCCUGUAUGCGGUAACAGGGUUGUUCUUAUAGGGGAUGCGGCCCAUGCCAUGGAUCCUGGGCCGGGGCAGGGGGCUCUGACAGGGUUUGAGGAUGCUCACCAGUUGUCCCUGUGCUUGGGUGAGACGGGGGAUCCGGACCUGCUUACCAAGCCUGCUGCCGUGGCUGCGGCGAUUCGGGAGUUUGAGGCUCGGCGGAUAGCGCGGUGUGUGAAGGUGCAUCAGCAUGCAACCAGGCUGAUUGGGUAUGGGGAGGAGGGAAGGGAGUUCAAGAGCAGGAGCGUGGAGGAUCAGAUGAAAGCUACCAUGGAGUUCAUCAGGUGGAUGUAUGCUUAUCCUGACAAGAUCGAUGGGCAUCCAGAUUCCACCUUUUUCCAAUAA